AUGUCUAAUUCUCCUUCGCGAACAAAGAGCCCGCUGAUCAGGCGAAGCCGCCUUGCGGUGGCGUGCAAUCCCUGUCGAGAAGCGAAAGUCCGAUGCGAUGUCUCGCAUAAUGCGUGUCGUCGGUGCCAGGAAAGGGGGUACGAUUGCGUGGCAACUGAUCCGAAAACCGGGGAGAUGAUCCCCAGGCGUUUGGCCAAGACUACUUUGAGCAAGCGAGCUAAGAAGAAGGCUUCGUCUGGUACGGAGACUUCUGGGAAACCAGGGGUCCCAAACAGAAUUUCAAGAUCUAACAGCGUAUCCGGGAACAUACCUACCAUACCCUUGGACGACGAGCACCAGUCGGUGUCUAGUACAUGCUCACCAUACGCCCAGACCGCAGACGGAGGGCCUAGUACCCACGCUUCUACUCACCCGGAAGAUUGCUGGCCUUCAACUGUGCUAAGCACAGAAGAAGCAGCACCGCCGCUAUCCGAAGAUCUAGCCCUGGAAGUAGGGGCAGUUCAAAAUAACGAUGGUGAAAACCGCCUUGCCGUUCUGGGCUCGACAAAUAUGCAAAUUCUCGCUGCCGGGUGGAUCGAUCGUUACUUCGCGUAUCUUGGACAGCCUUUCCGGGUAUCGGGUUGCUUCAAGUAUGGCAUGCGACAUGCAGUCGAGGGUGGGAAACCUCGAGAUAUCAACCCGGCCCCGGUAGUGUCUCAGCAUAUGCAUGACGCUUAUCUGGAUGCGUACAACCAGGCUAUAUACCCUCUCUUCCCGGUUUUUGAUACGACCAGUUUACCUUUGUCCUCGCAAUCCCUAGUUUCUGGGGAAGAUGACCUCUGCUUACGAGCAGUAUUGUUGGCUGUGUAUAGCUUGGGAGCUGACUCAAUUGCAAAGGGUGUGACCCCAGAAGGAACAGCCUUUCUCUACGAGGCAUACUCCCUAGUUGUGGAGCUGAUGAAUAAUCCCUAUCUUACCUCGAUUCAGGCAUUGGUCCUUAUUUCGCUUGCGUUUAGGAGCCGUGCAAAGGAUGGUCAAGCUGCUUUGACAAUAUCCUUGGCCAUAAAAAUGGCCCUCUGCCUCGGAUUUCACCGGCAUAUUCAGACUUCUGUCCCCGAAAGCGAUAAACAGGCGCAUGAUCGGGACAGUCGAUUUCCCAUAAGCUCAAGACUUCUACACGAAACGCUUGAAGCCGAUGACGCAUUGAAAGCCUGGUAUCACAACUUGCCACUAGAAAUCAAAUCGGGGGUGACCCCUUCCUCCACCGUAGAAGCCCCCUUCUACGCGUUUCUAAUACUCUAUUACUACCAGUGCCUGAUUCUUGUACACCGCACAGCUCUGACGACUCGAGAAGAAAGCUACCGGGUAGAGGUAGCGCAGCGAUAUCAAAUUGGCUCUCGACAAUACAAGCAGUUGCUCUCAAGCCAGUCAUGCUGUUACAAUUCUGCACUUGAGAUGAUCAAGAUUUUCCAUACCCAUGAGGAGUAUGGGAUUUCUCACAGGUUAAUCCCUAUCUCUCAUAUAUCCUACGCAGCUGUCGUGCUUUCGGUAUGGAUUUUAAGACAUCCUUUCUCAAGCUUCCAUGCGGUCAACAUUGCCAACUUGGAUGUCGCAUGCAAGUGUGCUCAAAGGCUUUACCAGAGGGCAGGUCAAGAUGUUCAAUUUACAAACGGAUGGUCGGACUGGUAUAAUGCAAUUCAGGGCCAUUUGAAUUAUCAGAUUUCGGCCCAACCGCAGGCGACGGCGACAUUAGACCCGUUAAACCGUACACAAUCGACUACUUUUGAGAACCCGCUUCCGCUCACGUUGCACCCAGAUGAGCGUGUCGAUACAUUAGGCACUCCUGCUUUGAAUCCGGCGGAUCUAGACAUCUGGGACUGGAGUACAUUCCUCGAAUUUCCAGUGGGAUUAGAUAUGGAUUUGAAUAAUCACCUGUAG